AUAACUCGUUCACGUGCUCGGACUCUGUGUACAUCACUUGUUGUUGGAAGCAGUUGUGUUUCUCGAAAAAAUAAUCUCCUCUCUUGUAGCGAACGUCCGGAACACUUGCAAGCAUGCUGAAGGGCAAGGACUACGACUGGCAGGAUAGCAACUUGGCCUUGUUUGGCUCGGACUUGGAGCGAAAUGUGAAGAAAGCCGCUGCAGAGACGGAGCAGGCGUGGCACGGCUGCGGACAGGCAGUCGGACAGGAGAUCUGGCGUAUCGAGAAGUUCAAGGUUGUUGGAUGGAAGAAGGAGCAUCAUGGCAGUUUCUACAGCGGUGACUCCUACAUUAUCCUGAACACGUACAAGGAGGAAGAGGAACUGAAGUAUGACCUUCACUUCUGGAUUGGCCGCCAUUCGUCACAAGAUGAGUACGGCACUGCUGCGUACAAGACCGUAGAACUGGAUACAUUCCUUGAUGACAAGCCAGUUCAACACCGUGAAGUGCAUGGCUUUGAGAGCGACCUCUUCAAGACCUACUUCCCGGCCAUGCAGAUCUGGAAGGGAGGAGUUGACUCCGGAUUCCGUCAUGUAAAGCCUGAGGAGUACGAACCACGUCUUCUGCACUUUUCCGGCACAAGGAAGAACAUUGUCGUCAAGGAAGUUGAACUGCUGAAGGCAAAUGUCCACUCUGACGAUGUCUUCAUUCUUGACUUGGGUCUCACAAUCUACCAGUUCAAUGGCAAGACAAGUAACAAGGAUGAGCGCAUGAAGGCCAACCAGUUUGUCACCGAGCUUAAGGGAAAACGUGGAAAGGCCAAGAGCGAAGUCCUGGAUGAAGCCGAUACGUCUAAAAACCACGAGUUCUGGAAGGCUUUGGGCGAUGGAGAGCGUACCUCUAGCAAGGCUGAUGAUUCUGAUGUGGUCGGAUUCACACCCGUCCUAUUCAGACUGAGCGAUGCCUCUGGAAGCCUGGAGAUGACGAAAGUGGCCGAGGGUCAGAAGUUCGAGAAGCCACUGCUUGACACCAACGAUGUUUUCCUCCUGGAUACUGGCCAUCAGAUGUUUGUUUGGGUUGGAAAGGGUGCCAGCAAGGACGAGAGAGCCAAGGGAAUGCAAUACGGACAUAACUAUGCCAUGAAGACCAAGCAUCCAUUUGUGCCCAUUGCCCGCAUCGGUGAAGGACAGCAUGUUCCAGCUUUCGACAGCAUGUUUGCCUAAGUUGGCAAGAACGGCGUUGUUUCUAGACUCAUCAGCACUUGGACGUAGAGUGAAGGGCGUCAGUGUGUUACCCGUGGAUGCAUAUCCCCUAGGCCCACAGUCAACGUCACUUUGUCCGAUUUUGAUCUCAACUUGCACUCUUCGUUGCAUCCCAGAUUGACUCGAUUGGUGUGUGCGUGUUCGUGUUGUCACGGACGUUUUCUAUACUCAGUUUUCUCCUUUCCUUCUUUCAUUCACAAUUUGGUGUCAAUGGAAACUGGAUUACAAUCA